AUAUGGCGUUACAAGGCUUGCUUAAUAAAACUUGAGUACACUUUAAAUAAAUGCUACACUAGAGGUUGUGUAUAAUUAUUUAUGUUGCCAAAGACCAUAAAUUAGCCUACAUAAAUAUUAAAUAGGCUAUAAACUCUUUCUUUAAGAUGUUAUUUGGUCUGCUGAAUUUUUGGUCGUCUUGCUGGACAGGCACAGGCAUCAUCGGGGCAUAUCACCCCUCCCACAUCCACACACAUCAUCGCGCACACAACCUAGACACGGUUACGCACAUACACACGGUCACACACAUGCAUGCACACACACACACACACACACACAAACACACACUGAAUUUCUGCUCAGCCAUGGCUCCUUGGUAGAUGCUCAAAGCGGCUGUUGUCAGAGCGAAUUAAAUCUGCACUAGCUCGCUGCUUUCCUCUUGACCUUGCCUGCCUCUUGUUGGGGUUUCAAUAUUUUAUUCAGGAUUCUUGUGCUGUCUCCCCAUGGCUACAUCUGAUGGACUAGACGGCUGUCUGCAACGAGGCAGAUCUCAAAGUGACCCGAACAUACUCACCGAACCGGGCAUCGAUUUGGCUCACGGCACAGUAGAGGUGCUGGACCAGCAGAGGGUGCUGAGGACAGGUUGCUUGGUGACCGGGGUCCACACUCCACCCAUCCGACGUAACAGCAAGCUGGCCACCCUGGGACGCAUUUUCAAACCCUGGAAGUGGAGGAAAAAGAAAAAUGAGAAGCUCAAGCAGAGUUCCACAGAUGUAGCAUUAUCCAGCAGUCUUCUAUGCCAUGACCCAAGCUCCCCCACCCAGGGCUGCUGUUCAGAUGGUGCAGUCCUGCUUGGAGGUUUUGGUGGACCUUUGAACUCAAACCUCACAGUUAGCAGUGUGGAAUACCUUGGUCCUGAGGAGGAGCAUCCCCCUUCAGUAGCUGCCCCACUCCAGGACUGUGAACGGGUGGAGGAAAAUGUACCGCUAACGGAGGAUGAAGGGCAUGAGGAGGUGCACCCUGCUGGGGGUUUACCUGAAGGGUUGCAUGACAUGGGAGAGCAGAUGGAAGAAAGAUCAGAGGAGGAGAUUCCUCUAAGAACUUCCCCACCACUACUACCUACAAAACUUUUGCCCCAGCUGAGCACUGGAGAUGAUUCAGGCCCUGUGUCGCUCCCCACUCACCUGGCCAACUCCUACCUCCCCAAGGAGCCUCCACCCAGGGCCACGGAAAGCUUGGCUUCAAUGACCCUACCGCUCCGAGGGCCCCUGGCCAACCCCUCAGGGUCCCCGCAUCUAGGCAAUAUGAUGCAUCCUCCCAUGCCCCCCAGCUGCAUUAUGGAGGAACUGCAGAGAGCCUUUGCUUCCAAGAACAGACAGGAGAGUGUCCAUGAAGGGUGUGAGCAGGGCUCACCCCCACGCCUGUGGUGCUCUGACGGACGGCUCUCUCGCUCGUGCAGCUCUGAAAACCAACACGUGUCGUCUUUGGUAGGGGGCUACCUGGGAGGUGGAGGGUCUGACUGGCCCAAGAAGGAGGCAGAGGAGAACAAGGAGAAUGUGCGGCUGGACCAGUGCUUCUCUAACACCUCAGGCCUCCCCACUGACUUGGAUGACUGGAAUGAGUCUGUCAUCUCUGGUACACUUCCUCGCAGGCUAAGGAAGGAGCUGCUAGCUGUCAAACUACGAAACAGGCCCAGCAAGCAGGAGCUGGAAGACAGGAAUAUUUUCCCAGCAAGGAGUGACCAGGAGCGCCAGGAAAUUCGCCAGCAGAUUGAGAUGAAACUUGCCAAGAGGCUGAGCCAGAGACCGAAUGUGGAGGAGCUGGAGAGUCGCAACAUCCUGAAACAGAGAAAUGACCAGGUAGAGCAGGAGGAGAGGAGGGAGAUCAAACAGCGACUAAACAGAAAGCUCAACCAGCGGCCAACAGUAGAUGAACUGCGAGACAGAAAGAUUCUGAUCCGCUUCAGUGACUACGUGGAGGUGGCCAAAGCUCAGGACUAUGACAGGAGAGCAGACAAGCCCUGGACUCGGCUCUCAGCAGCAGAUAAGGCAGCAAUCCGAAAAGAGCUGAAUGAAUUCAAAAGCACCGAGAUGGAAGUGCAUGCCUCAAGCAAACACCUCACCCGGUUCCACCGGCCAUGAAAGCGGGGAGUUUCUUCUGUGAAGAAAUGCUGGGCUAAGAAAUUUUCUGAAGCUGCUACAAGCUGCUCAGCGGUAACAGUUCAAAAAGCCUGGAGACAUUUCAUCUUCAGCAUUCUUCCAGCACCCUUGACUAUCAUAUCAUCAAUAUGAGGACAUGGGUGUGGGAGAGAAGAUGACAAUAAUGUUGGCGGCAGUGUGUCCUGGAGACUGCUGGACGUCGCCACAUGGAAAGCUGGCUGGUGAAAGAGGACUUUGGUGGAGCCUCUGACUCUCAGGACGAGAGUGGAGGAAAAACAAUUUUGUCAU